GGGGGGCGGACCAACGACCGAGGCUCGAGACAGAGCGAGCGAGCGAGGGAGAGAGAGAGAGAGAGAGAGAGAAACAGUGUCUGCCGUGAAGACCUUAAUUAUUCUCUGAGGAGCCAUCACUAUCAUUAUUUUCUUUAAUUACCCGAGAUCCUCAAAAGAUCAACGCGUUAAAUGUUCAUGCGUGCAAUUAAUCUACUUAAAUAGACGGAACUUCAGCGCUCAAUGGAGCGAAAGAUCACGCGCGCUGGAUAGGAAAACGAAAACUGCCCUGACGACUUGUACUUGGCGUUUAUUUAUUUCUAUUUAUAUAUAUAUUUAGAUAUUGUAAAAGUGGUGUUUUCUGAAUGUAUAUAUGUCGCGUUUUCUUAUUUCGGACAUAUGGAUAGCAAGGUCAAGUACAAAAAUAAGUGUUUUAUAAAUAUGACCUUUCCACAUCAGAGUCAUCUGGGAUUGCGUUAUAUUCUCCAAACAAGCCUGUAAAUACCACAGUGUGAUUAAUUCGGAGAGCUCAUAAUGAGAGCAACAUUUUUGGACACAGUUUAAUAGGACUGCUUGGAGUGAGACUUCACGACAAACAAAAACAAAGGAAAAAGGGACCGCUCCAGCUCAGGCUUGUACAGCUCAUGACACAAGAAGGACUCAUAAUAUAUAUAUAUUUGUAAAUUACAUGGUUCCCCUGAUAAAAUGACUGUCAAGAUGGAUUUCGAAGAGUGCUUAAAGGACUCCCCCAGGUUCAGGGCAGCCAUUGAGGCAGUGGAGGGGGAUGUGAAUGAACUGGAGACACGUCUCGAAAAGUUGGUGAAGCAGUGUAACGCCAUGCUGGAAGCAGGCCGAACAUAUUGCCAGAGCAGUAAGAGCUUUGUAAGUGGACUCAGGGAACUUGGAUACUAUCUCUCUGAAGACACAACCAUGGGGAACUGUCUGGAAAAGUUCUCCAAGAAGCUGUCCAUCAUCCUCAUGGCUCAGGAGGAGCUCAUUGAAAACACACAGAAGUCAGUGAAACUGAAGCUGCAGAGUUUUGUGAAAGAGGAUGUGAAACGCUUUAAAGAUACACGUAAGGAAUUUGAGCGCAGCAGUGAGACUCUGGAAGCGGCUUUGGGGAGGAAUGCUCAAGCCCCACGGGGAAAGCCACAUGAGGUUGAGGAGGCCAGUCAGGCCCUAAUUCAUGCCCGUAAAGCCUUCAGAUCAGGGACUCUGGACUAUGUACUGCAGAUUAAUGUUAUCGAGUCCAAAAAGAAGAGUGAUAUACUGAUGGCGAUGCUCUCACUGAUGGAAACCCAGGCUAAAUUCUUCCAGCAGGGUCACCAGUCCCUCACAGAACUGGAGGAGUACUGUAAUCAACUCAACAAUGAGUGCACACAACUAGUUUUAAACUCUGCAAGAGAUAAGAGGGACAUGGAGCAGAGACACGGUGACAUCAAGAAAAAGGAUGAGUCCUAUGAUGAAUCAAUCUUAGACUUCAGUCCAGAUGCAUCCAGUGGAAUUGCAAUGGAGGGCUACCUGUACAAGCGAGCCAGCAAUGCCUUCAAAACAUGGAGCAGACGCUGGUUUUCCAUUCAAAAAAACCAACUGGUCUACCAAAAGAAAUUUAAAGAGCAGCCCACUGUGGUGGUGGAAGAUUUGCGCCUGUGCACAGUGAAACCCUGUGCUGAACAGGAGAGAAGGUUCUGCUUUGAGGUCGUCUCACCCUCCAAGAGCUGUCUAUUGCAGGCAGAUUCAGAGCGACAGCAGCAAGGCUGGAUGAGUGCUGUGCAGAACAGCAUUGCAUCAGCAUUUCAGGAGAGGAGAGAGGACACAUGCAGCCCUAGGGAGCGCUGCAGCUCCGUGUCAGCAGGCAGUGUGAAUCUUAGUGUUGGAGAGCAGAAGGAGUGUAAAGCCCUGGAGGAGGUGCAGGCUAUACCCGGGAACAGCCAGUGCUGUGAUUGUGGAGAACCAGGACCAGACUGGGCCUCCAUCAACCUAGGCAUAACACUCUGUAUCACCUGCUCUGGAAUACACAGGAGUCUGGGUGUCCAUUUCUCUAAAGUACGCUCGCUGACUCUGGACUCAUGGGAGCCUGAACUCAUAAAAUUGAUGUGCGAGUUGGGAAAUGCUGCCAUUAACCGGAUCUACGAGGCACGCAUUGAUGAGAUUACGAUAAAGAAGCCACACCCUUCCAGUCCCAGGCAGGAUAAAGAGUCGUGGAUACGUUCAAAAUAUGUGGAGAAAAAAUUCAUCCACAAGCUUCCUGAAACAGGGCGUGGAACGCCACUGCGUCGCUCCAGUGCACGCCGUCAGCGAGCAACAACACAAGACAAACUAAGCCAACGUCCUCCCCUCAAACCCAAACCCAACAGAGCCACCCUAGCACGGACCACAGGCCUGACCCCGACUGAAAUCAUGAACAGUACUGGCUCUCACAAAGAUGAGGAAGAAGAGGAGGACUUGAGUGGUCUUCACCCUGGCGCGCUGCUCUACCGUUCUGCAGCACUUCAGCAUUUCCCCGUUAUGGCCGAUGCUCUAGCUCACGGAGCUGAUGUUAACUGGAUUAACGUGGCCGAGGAGAGCAAAACACCACUCAUACAGGCUGCGACCGUGAAUUCUUUGGCAGCGUGUGAGUUCUUGCUACAGAACGGGGCAAAUGUUAACCAGGCCGACUCGAAUGGAAGAGGACCCUUACACCAUGCUACUAUACUGGGACAUACAGGGCUGGUGUGUUUGUUUUUGAAGAGAGGAGCAGACUACAACAAAAAGGACAUCAGCCAAAAAGACCCGAUCACCAUAGCUGUAGAGAGUGCAAACGCUGAUAUUGUUACACUCCUCCGAAUAGCCAAGAUGAACAAGGAGAUGCGGGAGAUGGAUGGAGGCUUCGCCCAAUCAGGUGAUGAGACCUAUCAUGAUAUCUUUAGGGAUUUCUCCCAAAUGGCUUCCAACAACCCCGAGAAGCUGAAACGGCGCAGUGCUGAUAUUAAAACCCCAUAACCACCACCAGGUGCAAGACUGUACCUGUUUUUCUCGCUAUAUUCAGUAUACAGACAUGGGCUGGAAGAUUUAGUGUUAUUUCUUGUGUGUGUCUUGCUUUUUUGCCUGGUCAUCACCUGGCUGUGACACACAAAGAGAAAUCAUUUAUGAACUCUGUAAGCUAUGGAAUGUUAUCACGCUUGACCUUUGAGCCUGAACCUCAUUAGGCCAUUAGGUCAUUUCAGAUUAGCAAUGUUGCUAUGCCACUGCGCUGCUGUAGGUUUAGCUUUGCUCUGUGUUUGCCAGUGUUCUCUUUAACCACACUGGUAUCAGGACUGUGUAAAAGGACUCUGAGUGAAGCCAGUCAACUCUUGGUAGUCUCAUCAAAUUAUUCUGAUCAUGGUUUCAAUUCAUAUUCAUGGUGUUUUUUUUUGUUUUUUUUUAAUGAAAGUAAUACAGCACAUUUCUAUUGUAUGUUUUGAGAGAGAUCUCAUAUCCCUCAAUUUCAUAGAUUGGAUUAUAUUUCAGUCCGAACAGUUUGUUUUAAUUCCACCUUCUCGGGAAACACAGCUUCUUCUCCAAACUGUGCAUUAGUCAUAGAUUAAUUGUAAAUUCCCUGCAAGUGUUUUUAAUUUUCUGUUCAUGACCAAAAUUCCAAAAUUACUUUUCUCAAUUUAUUUUUUGUUACAUAAGCAUUGUGUCAUCUAUGCAUGUCUUGUUUAGGGAAACAAAAGAUUCAUACAUGAUCUUCCCAGUGAAACAGUAGAAAAAAUAAACUUGCUUGCUUAUGUGUCUUCUUUUA